GGGGCUGGGAAGGGGCAGCGGGGAGGGGUCGAGCGCUGGUGCCGGGCAUGGCGGAGACUCUGAGCUCCUGCUCCCCACGGGGCCAGUGCCAGCCCAGCGUGGGCGCCAAUGCCUCGUCUGCCGGCGUGGACGCCAACGCCUCCUCCUCGGUGGUGGGCGGCAGCGCGUGGAGGGGCCGGGAGCCCUUCUCCAUCCUCACCGUCCUCAUCCUCACCCUGCUGGUGCUCCUGACCGUGGCCACCUUCCUCUGGAACCUGCUGGUGCUGGCGACCAUCCUGCGAGUGAAGGCCUUCCACCGGGUGCCCCACAACCUGGUGGCCUCCACGGCGGUGUCGGACGUGCUGGUGGCGGCGCUGGUGAUGCCGCUGAGCCUGGUGAAGGAGCUGUCGGCCGGGCGGCGGUGGCGGCUGGGCCGGGAGCUGUGCCUCGUGUGGGUGUGCUUCGACAUGCUGUGCUGCACGGCCAGCAUCUGGAACGUGGCGGCCAUCGCGCUGGACCGCUACUGGUCCAUCACCCGCCAGCUGCGGUACACGCUGCUCGCCCGCCGCCGCGUCUCCAACGCGAUGAUCGCGCUCACCUGGCUGCUGGCCGCGGCCAUCGCCCUCGCCCCGCUGCUGGGCUGGGGGGAGACCUACAGCCCCGAGCAGCAGCGCUGCCAGCUCCGCCAGGAGCCGUCCUCCACCAUCGUCUCCACGGGCGGGGCGUUCUACCUGCCCCUCUGCGUGGUGCUCUUCGUCUACUGGAAGAUCUACAAGGCGUCCAGGUGGCACAUGGGGGCCCGCAGGAGGAACGCCGUGCUGGCCCUGCCCGAGGCUGCCCAGGUGAAGGAAGCUUCGCAGGAACCACAGAUGGUGUUUACAGCUCGUCGUGCAGCUAUCACUUUCCAGACAGAUGGAGAAACAUGGAGAGAACAGAAAGAGAAAAAGGCAGCUCUGAUGGUUGGCAUCUUAAUUGGAGUUUUUGUACUGUGCUGGAUCCCUUUCUUCAUCACAGAAUUAAUAAGUCCCCUCUGUUCCUGCAACAUCCCGCCCAUCUGGAAAAGCAUCUUUCUUUGGCUUGGCUACUCAAAUUCUUUCUUUAAUCCUCUCAUUUAUACAGCAUUUAACAAAAAUUACAAUAAUGCCUUCAAGAACCUUUUUGUAAAGCAAAGAUAAAAGGGGACACAGAGGAGAAAAUUAUUAUUGCAUAAUAGGAAAUAGGCCUGUGCUACGUACAGUUUUCAUGCACGAGACCUACUCGAGCGGAUUUAGGAGCAGUGAAAAAGAAGAUGGAAGAUGUCUGGAUAUAAACCUACUGGAGAGUUUACAGUUCUCCUUUAGAAAUACAGAUGUGCUACGCCGGUGUUUGGCAAAGAAGGUGGAAGCAGGGAAUGCCUCCUGUCUGCUGUUCAGUCACCACGGGCUGAGGGCUGCCGGCCGUGUGCCCGGGGCCGCGGUGCCACCCCAGCACGGCUGAUCCCGGCCCUGCUGGAGCUCUCCUCAUCAGCAAAGGCACCGCUGGGAGCUGCUAAUUGAGCAAUACUGACGUGCUUGUGAUACGGGCAGGAUUUAUUUGGAAGGGAAUAAACAUGCUGCAGUCAAUCAGUCCUUGAGUUGAUGUGAAAUUAAAGUGGAUGACCAAGCAGCUCAGAAACACACCCUGCCAGGACUGAGGGGCUGUGUGCUCUGCAAGCAGCAGGGCUUGAUGGGCAGGCUUGGUCACAAAGGGGUCAGCUGUGUCCCCUGGGGUUAAGUGAACCUUAAGAGGCAAGUAUAGAAUUAUUCAGAGCCCCUGAGAAUGUGUUCUCAGUGCUGCCACAGGAGGAUCUAGUAAGGACUUUUCACUUGUGUUAUCCUCUCAGUCUGCCAGGCUCUGGCUCUCCCUGUUCUAUGAAACCCAGAUGAGCUCUAGACACCAACACCUCCAAGUGAAGGGGGACUGUGUGCAUGGUUAUUUCAUGCUACCAUAAAAAUGAGCAGGCAUAAGUGUGACGAACACCAAACAGGAUGUUCAGUCAAACCAGGUGUGCUGGCUGCAGCGUGUGGCUGCUUGGCAGUGGUAGGUGAGUGCCUGCACUGUGUCUGGGGCCCUUGAACCAUAAAUGUGCUCAUCACCCAACCUGGGUGAAGUCCUUCUAGUGUAACAAAGGUCUUGAUGCCAUCAGGUCUAAGUGACUCCCCAGAACCCAAAGAACUCAAACCCAAGCCUUAAAUAAUUUUCCCAAGAUCUUCCAAACAUCCCUGACCCAACAAUAUAUACAUAAAUAAUCUGUUUCCUUUCCUUGCAUACUGCCAAGUCCAUCUUGCUCCAUAUUUGUUUUUCUGGUGGGUUUUACUUCCUCCUCUGCUCUGAGUGGGAGAGCUGACAGCUGAGUAUUUCUAGCAUGGCAGCUUUUUCCUGACACAGUCCCAGGAAGCUGCAUGUCAGGAGCACAGUGUAUGGUGAGGUCAGGCAGUGCUGUACCUCACACCUGCAGUGCUGUGACAGUCCAGUGUGACUUACUGUGCCCACAGCCACCUGUGUGUCUUGCAUUCCUGCAGAGGAGGCUUCCCUCAAUUUCAGUGGGAAUUCAGAAGUUUUAAUAACCUAGAAUUUCAAAGAGUUGUUAGGCAGUGACUCAGACUUAAAUGCUGAUUUAAAUAACUUUCCCUUGUGACUCUCAACUUGCCUGCAUACGGAAUAGCUACCACUCAAACCAGGUUUUGGAGGCUUAAUUAAACCAGAAGGAAGGCACAUAUGUAGGAGACUAAAUGUUACUAAAAUCCGCAGCCUCAUUCAGAACCACUGACAAAUUUUUCAAGUCAAUUCAUUUUUUUCAUGUAAGAUAGUCACCGCUGUAAAACCUUUAAAAUCCAAACAGAUGACAUGGAAGAAGGAAAUGCAGAGGUUGUCUUGAGCUGGUGUUGAAAAGCAUGCAAAUCUGCAUGUGGCACCCCUGAAGUUUCUAAUAAUUGUGGUUUGGACAAAUUUUAGUGCCUGUACUCCCUCAGCCUGCUAAGCCAAGCCAUUACUCUCACACAAAUCCAAGGCCAAUGCUGGUGCCCAUCCCGGUCUGGCUGCAGGAGCUGCAGUGAUCUCCAGCUGCACAUUCCAACUGACUGGAGCAGCACCUGGCUAUGCAGGCACCUUCUGCCAUGGCUUGGCCUCUGAAACCUGGGAGAACACCACAGAGCUGCAAGGCCCCUGUGCAGUUCCUGCAGCUGCACACGUGCAGGGCAGCACUGCAGACACCGACGUGCAGCAGAGUGCCUUCAGCAAGCGGGAGAGCAGCAGCAGGGCACUGACACAGCUCUCCUCCUCCUCAAGGAUGAAUUUAGCUCCCUUAGGAGGCGAGGCUGGGCCUCUGGAAUUUUGUUGUGAGGAGUUCUGAAGAGAAGCAGCCAGAGCUCUGCCCACCCAAGGAUCUGUGCCAGCAGCGAGUGUUACAGUGACGGGCUCACACAGCGGCCCCGUGUGUGCCCAGAGGCAACGAGAGGCAAGCAGAGCUUUCAUUUCAUUGCAGUGGCUUUAGGAAGCUCUCAACAAAAUCAGCUUCCCACUCCAGCUCUAAAUGCAGACUGCAUUUAGAAGAGUGGCAGCACAGGUUCUGGUUUUUAACAGCUCACUGUGGGGCAAAGAAAAUAGGUUAUCAGUGGUUGUUGCCUAACCUGCUGGAUGCUCCUAUAUGAACUAAGAUUAAUGACACAGUAUCUUGACUGUCUAACAGGAAAAAAAAAACUAUUCUAAAGGGACAUCAUUUAGCACAGCUUAGAUGUUAUGUAUUUAUUUCCCCAACAGAAGCUGCCAAUUUGGAGUACACCAAUCAUCUCUGCUUGUAAGCAGUAGACUACUAGUUUUAAACUUUAUUUCCUGACACUGAAUUCGCUCCUAAAAAAAUUUACUGAAGCCUAUUGCUCAGCAGAAGGACAUUGUUGCAUCCUGCAGCAGCUGUGCUGUGCAGAAAUGAAAGGGCCUUGGAAGAUGAGUGUGAGCAGACAAUGCUAAUAACCCUAAUAAAAAAAUUAGGUUUUGCUGCAAGUCCCAUAAAUGUUACUUUACAAGCCUUAUAAGGUAACACCAAAUGAGUUCAGGGCAAGACCUUUCCCUUUCAACAAGGAAAUCCAGCAAUACUGAAGAAAAAUUUUGAGAAAGUCUCAGUUCCUCACUUGAAACCACCCAAGAUGCAGAAUUAAGACAGGUUUUCCUUGCUUGUUGGUUUCUCCCCAGGUAUAAGGAGAAAUGGCACCCAGCGCACAGAGCCUGUGCCAGAAAGCAAGGAACAGCUGAUGGAACUGUUUUCACACCCUCACCAGCCUCCUUCUUCUCCUUUUCACAUGGGGCUCACACCAAAGGUAGUGGCCAUCUGCCCUGGGCUCCAUCUACAGCAGUCAGUUAUGGUCUGGACUCUAAUUUACCCUUUGUGAGCAACAACUGCAUUCUACAAACCUCAGAUUCAUAUCUUAGUCAAAAUCACAAGCUCCUAGUCAGAGCACUGGAUCUCACAUUUUUAUAUUUCUUCUGGAAAUUUCCAGAUUACUGUGCUUGUAGCAGGUAAGCAUAAAUUUUAACAUUAUACUGAACAAAUAAUGACAUCAUUAUUCUUACAUGCAAGUUCAUUAUUUAUUCUACCUAGGAAAUUUUGCUUGAUGCUAAAAAGCAAUUGUGAUUAAAAUGAUAAAUCCCAAACUGAAA